AUGACACGAGAGACCAAUAUCGCUCGGCGUGCGGUUUGUUUGGGGGCCGGCUGCAGUGGGCGCGCAACCCGGAUCUGGCAGUGCCCCGCUUCCCCUUCACUCUGCGGGCCCGCGGCCGCAGAGGUGUGCGCACCCGUGCUCCGCAGUCCGCCGCGAGACGUGCCGCGCACCGCACAGCGUAUGCCAUGCCGCGCGCCCGCGCACUCACACGCAUUUAUUAUGUACGCGAUUGACAACACCCAGAAAUAUGUGGAAUCAUCGCUGGGGUGGGCUGGCGAGCGCGGUGAGGACUCGAGCUACGACUCUGAGUGUGAUGAUGAUGGCGGACACCGCGCUGCUUCACGCACACCCUCCGACACUCUCGCUGCUGAGUUCGCUGAAUAUGUCACCCUGGCACCUGCUACACCACAACCUAAUCAGGCGAAGAUCGAGUUCGCAGUCAAGCUGGGUUACUCCGAACGGCUAGCCCGCACGGCAUUGCAGCGGCUUGGGCCCGAUCCGCCGCGCAAUGAGCUGCUUGCCGAGCUAAUUAAGUUAGCCGCCAAACAACCCCCUCGCGCGCUGUCACCCCCGCCGCCUGCUGAGCCCGAGCCCCCGCCAGACAGGGCCCCUCUCAGGCAAAUUGUCAUCGACGGCAGCAACGUUGCUAUGAGUCAUGGUAACAAGGAGGUGUUCUCGUGCCGCGGCAUCGAGAUUUGCGUGGAGUGGUUCCGCGCGCGAGGGCACAAGGACAUCACGGUGUUCGUGCCCAAGUGGCGCAAGGAGGCGUCGCGGCCGGACAACCCCGUGGCCGACAGGGACGCGCUGGAGAGGCUGGAGCGCGACCGCGUGCUGGUGUACACGCCCAGCCGGCUGCUCGGCGGCAAGCGGCUCGUCUGCUACGACGACCGCUACAUCCUGAGGCUGGCCGCCGAGACCGACGGCAUCGUCGUGUCCAACGACAACUACCGCGACCUCGCCGCCGAGAACCCCGACUUCCGCAAGGUGGUCGAGGAGCGGCUGCUCAUGUACUCGUUCGUGAACGACCGGUUCAUGCCGCCGGACGACCCGCUCGGGCGGUCCGGGCCGACGCUGGAGGCGUUCCUGCGCGCGCCGGCGUCGCGCGCCGACCCGCCGCCCGCGUGCCCGUACGGCCGCAAGUGCACGUACGGCAACAAGUGCAAGUUCCACCACCCGGAGCGCGCCGGGCGGCCGCACAAGUCCGUGGCCGAGAAGCUGUCGGAGCGCGCGGCCAAGGCGCUGCGCGCGCGCGACCUGCACACGGUGAGCCUGCCGCCGGGCGGGGGGCGCGCGGAGCGGGGGGACAAGCGGCCGCUGGCGCGCGCGCACUCGGCGGCGCCGCGGCUGCCCGACGCCGCGCUGGCCACGCACUUCGACCGCGCGCAGGGCGCCGGCCCGUCGGGCGACGCCAACCCGCACCGCAAGCUGGCGCGCCAGCUGACGCUGAACCCGGCGUGCGACUUUUUGCCCGGCGCGCUCCGGGCGGGCGCGGGGGCGGGGGCGGGGGCGGGCGCGGCGCUGGGCUCGCCCUGCACCUCGGACGGCGCGCUGCAGCUGUGGGAGGCGCGCCGCCGCAUGCACUUCCACCUGGCCGGCAUCUUCCCCGAGGCGCAGGUGGCCGAGGCCAUGGCCGCCUUCCCCGACGAGGUGGACGCGCAGCGCAUGUGCGCCAUCAUUCUGGCGCGCUACCGCCCCAGCGAGGCCGUGCCGCUGCGCCCGCACUGAGGCGGCCGAGGCCCCUUUGGAUUAUGCUCGGUUUUCGAGGAAAACCCAGAUUUUACAUUCAACCGAGUCUCGACCGCGGGCCCGGCGCCGGGGCCGAGUGGAACCGAGUGGUCGUAUGCGCGGAGAUCGAAACGCCCAAAUUCUGCUAGUAACGGACUUCGAUGGGUAUCGAAAAGCGACGAGGACGGUCGCGUUUACUAUUUGUGUAAGCAUUUAUACGUUUACUGUACAUUCUCCGGGUUAUUGUUUCGCUGUACGCUUCCAAGAAGUGUAUCAUGCUGUAUAAAGUUUAUUCUGACUAAAAGUAGAGCUAGUACAAAUUCAUUCUUUUCGUUAAGUAUUCUUAUAUUUGUAUAGUUAUUUUUGUUAUACUGUACUAACCCUACUAUAUUACCUAAAUAUUUUGUUACAUUUGAGGACCUCGGUUCCUCGCACACUAUUGUUGAUAAUGUAUUUAUAUAUUCUAGCCAGUGAAUUUAUAUAGCGAUACAUUCGUCUGGAUGUUAACGAUUACUUCUAAAGAAGUAUAGCAGUUAUUAUAUUAUGAUAAUACAUGAUUAUAUAGAUUAAAGUUUAUUAGGUAAAUAAAAUACAGCAAUAAAAAGUAAUUCAAACUUGUUUGAUGGUUUAAAACUUAUUAUUGGUACUAUGUAUCAAGUUGAAUAUUUUCAUUAUGUUGUUGGAUAUUAAAAUUUUAUAAUUCAAAAGCCUUACAAUUAAUAUUAUAUUUACUUUUAUAUCUAUCUACAUUAAUGCAAAAUUUAAAUAAUAGAGUUAGGGUCGAUCCACAUGGGCACGCUGUCAGCAGCACCUCGGUUGCAAUGUGCACAAUUAAAUUUACAUUUCUUUAUAAGAUAUGUGUUUGCUCCUCUCGUGGAGACACCUGGUACAUGUAAUUAUGCAAUGUAAAAGCUCGCACCCUGGCAUGUGCUGUUGCUGCCAAAAUGCAUGAUCGACCUUUAAGGACUGGAAACUACAACUUCCUUGUCCUCUAUAACUGUCGCAUUUGAUAUUUUUGUCAUAAUUGAGCAAAACGUACGAUCUUACGCAGCUUCCAAGACAAACAUUAUCCACUAUAUGUCUACCAUAUUUUAAAUGGGAAUAUAAUUGAUUUAUGGAACCAGAUUACAACGAGCUGUGCAGUUGAAAAUAAAAUAAUUUGUCCUGAAAAUUGGCCUAAUGUCGUAAUGAUAGCAGCUAGUCAGGAGUAGGACGAUACAU